AUGCUCGAGACUCUAAAUCAGGCCGGGGCAGGCUCUGACCUUCCAAUUGUCCGCAACCACAUUCUGGAGACAGUGGUUAACAAGCAAAACCUCCCACCUCCUCAAGAGAUUGCCGGCAACUACUCUACUUCCUUUGGCUACAUGGCCGACAUGACCUGGGAAGACGUGAAACCAAGACUACUUGGCUGGGCAUCUACACCUCCCACGAUCUGGCCACCUAUCUGCCCGAAACCUUACGAAACCAGGUUUCGAACCUUGACUAUUGACAACCAGAUGCUCCAGGGUGUGCUCGCGGCUUGUCGAGCGCACAAGACAACUCUUACGGGUCUACUACACACCAUCGCCCUCAUCAGCCUCACUCCAUACGUCCCGAAAGAGGUCUCGGAAGUAACAGGCAGCACACCACUCAAUUUGACGGUUAGCUGCUGCGUCACUUCGACAGAACACAAGUUCGAUCAAGAGUUGCUGGACCGAAUUCGCGAUCGAAUCAAAACUACAGCGGAUGGUUCCAAGUUGUCAACUUGCGCAGACAUCAUGUGGGACGUGUCGGCAAGAGUGCGGGGGGAACUUCAAGAGAAGCUCAGCCAAGGCCUCAAGAACGACUUGGUCGGUAUGAUGGUCUUCAUCUCGGACUGGAGAGAACAUGCCAAGGAAGCACAGCGAAAACCGCGGGCAGCUACUUGGCUCGUCACCAACCUGGGAGUCCUCGACGGAGAGAAUGGCUCAGACCAGCUAACCGAGAGAUGGUCAAUUCAGAAGGCAGACUUCUUGCUGAGCGCCGACGUUGCCGGCCCAGCGCUUACUAUCUGCCCUGUCGCUAUCAAGGGCCGAAAUCUGACCAUCAAUGUCGGCUGGCAGGGAGGUGUUGUUGACGAUGAACUUGGAGAACAGGUUGUGGGGGAUGUUGGGAAAUGCUUCCGGGAUGUGGCGGCGACGCGUUAG